CACACUCAUGUGGUGCUGCUGCAGUUGGUUUUAUGCUCAUGUGGUAAUGUUGGUUUGUUGCAAGUUGUGUGCCUUGAUGUACUGCCUGCUGCAGAGUUUAUUUGGUUUAUGGCAUGAGGUUCAGUCUUUGGAAUAACAUCUGUCCUGGUUUGAUAACAGGUUCUAAUAUAACCGGUCUGGAAGCUGUGUAACACUGUCUAAAAGCAUAGACAGAAGCCAUUUUAAAGGCAAGUUCACUGGAAUCAACAACAUGAGCAGCACCAUCUGUCAAGACAACUCGGAGAUUUUCAACUGGAUGUCCAAUUAAUGCACAUGAGUUGGCAGCUUUCUCAAUUGCAGGGACAAAAUUUGAUGGAACAGCUUGGCCAACAAGCAUGCUUUCAAAUUCAAACUUAGUUCCCGACUCAGUAAGAAGUGGUUCAAUAUACCCAAUCACACGUCCAUAUUGUCCUCGCCCUCCAGAUUGCUUCUUAUGUAAAUAAUCCAAAUCAGCAUGCUGAGUAACAGUUUCUCUGAAGUUUACACGGGGCUUUCCAACUGCAUCAACCUUGUAUUCCCUCACACUGCGUUCAUCAUAGAUAUCUAAGUGUGGUUCUCCCAUUCCAGAAAUGAUUGUCUGCCCAUUCCCUGGGUCCAAGCCAACACGGAAUGUAGGGUCCUCUCUUUGGAAGCGGUUCAAAGCUUUCGAAAAUUGCUCUCCAGAAUCUUUUGAGACAGGUUGUACAGCUAAAGACAUCGCAGGUUUAGGUUGCAGUUUUGGGUUUAUGUUAUACACGUUUGGAUUUGGCUUGCAGCAGGUCAGAGUAUGGUGCUGGAGGAUACCCCUGCGGUUCCUAAACGGUCUGUGGAAGCAUAAUGCAGGGAAGGGCAUGGGCGACUGUCAUGACAGGAUGAUGUGUAUUCUUUGUUGUUUUUUUAGAAAAUUAUUUCUUCCAUUUGGCUUGGCUGUAAUAUUAUUCAGAACCUAGGAUUGCUUGUAACCGACAACAUGAUGUAUUUCCAUUGAUGG